CUCGUGCAGACUCUCCUACAAUACACCGCCGACACCUCAACGAGCUGCGCCAUACCGAUCCACCUUCACACGAACCUAUCGGCGACUUCACCAAUCUGCAGCCAUUGACUGCUGUUUCCCGCAAUCACGAAAGCGGGGCCCUCGUGCGGGCAACGUGCAAGAAAGAGAAGGACGGAAACCACAGUGAAGCGCGCCUGCCUGCGCAUCUACGAUCCACACGAUACACGACGAUGAGCGUGACAUUCUUCUUCAUCCGGUAGCCCUAUACGGGCCCUGCAGAACAAUACCUCAACAUCUCUAAGGUUCUGCAAUGUCGUCCAAUUCCGAUGGACGCCCUACACAGCUUCCACCUACAAGCGAUCUUGCACAAAUCACCACCUUCCCACGUCUGGCAUUAUGGUUGACACGGAGAGAUCCCAGCGCCAUAAAUUCCUUUGCUGGCGCCAUGGCUGGCGUUGCUAGUGGCAUCGUCACAUGUCCUCUGGAUGUCGUCAAAACCAAGCUCCAGGCACAGGGCUCUUUCGCAAAGCCUAACCACAACAAUCCUCUUCUCACCAAGAAUCCUUCAGCCGUCUACAGAGGCAUGUCAGGCACCAUGCGCGUGAUUGUCCGACAAGACGGUGUGCUCGGCUUGUACCGCGGUCUUGGGCCUAUGCUGCUCGGCUAUCUCCCCACAUGGGCAGUUUACAUGGCGGUAUACGACAGUAGCCGAGAGUACUUCUACGCAAAUGGAUACAAUGAACGCACUCGAGACAAGUGGGUUGCUCGAAUAUACGCUUCGGUCGCUGCCGGGGCGUGCAGCACACUGGUUACCAAUCCCAUCUGGGUGAUCAAGACCCGCCUGAUGUCGCAGGUCAGCAAAACGGCCUCCGAUGGUGCUCGAACCCCAUGGCACUACUCCAACACGUUUGAUGCCGCACGAACGAUGUGGCGUGCAGAAGGCUUGAAAGCAUUCUACUCUGGCCUUACACCAGCGCUGCUCGGCCUCUCCCACGUCGCGAUCCAGUUUCCUCUUUACGAAUACUUCAAGCAGGAGUUCACCGGCGCUGAGAUGGGGUCGACAGUUCCGACCAACAGCGCAUCCGACACAGCGUCCAACACACUUGGCAUCCUCGCAGCGACCUUCCUCUCAAAACUCUGCGCCACCACGGCGACCUAUCCUCAUGAAGUUCUACGCACACAUGGCAUGGCCUAUCAACCGCGCUACGCCGGCGUGACAUCCACAUUCAAGACCAUCCUCCGGGAAGAAGGAUGGAGAGCUUUCUACAACGGAUUGGGAACGAACCUGAUCCGCGCGAUUCCAGCCGCGAUGACGACUAUGCUGGUAUACGAGAACGUGAAAGCCGGCCUCACGGGGCUGCGACAGGAAGGACUCGAGAUGAAGGAACGCGGAGAUGACUUCUGA